CUGCUGUGUUGUAAAUUCCCUCUAAUAUCGUUGGGUUCUAAGUGGUGUGCUACAGCUACAAAGGCGCCAUGCUUUUGCUUGCUUUCUCUCAUGAUAUUAACACUUGUUUCUUUAGUAGUACAAUUAAGAAAAUUAUAGAUAAAACAGUCAGUUAGUUUCAAUUUUGCAAUGGCUACUUGGGAUGGAUCGUACCAAGAUCCAGAUGGAUCUACUUAUUAUGUCAGUUCCAGUAACAAUCAGGCAUCAGCUAAUAUCCAUCCAUGGAACUGCUAUACAAACAAUGCAUAUGCACAAAGUGCUAUAGGUCCAUAUCCAAUAGAAAAUAGUAUAACAUUUGAAAGAAGCCACCCUGACUUUUAUAAUUCUACCAACAGAAAUGGCAUUCCAUCAAUGGUGCCAAAUAUUGCACAAAGUACAAAUUCUUAUUUUAAUGAGGAUGUUACUGCAGUUGCCAAUGAAAAUUCUACAAAAUCUGAGUCCCAUCUGAAUAACAGUGAUCAAUGUUUUUUUGAAGAUAAUAGAAGACAGGCACAACAAUGUCAUAAUAAAAAUAAUUACUUCCAAGGUAAUAAACGUAAAGAUUAUAAGAAUUAUUAUUCAUCUGAUUUGGUUGAGCAUUCAAAUUUACAACCUACUGCAACCGAAUUUAUACCAAAUCAAAACAUGCAAGAGCAUAUAAAUUUUGUUGAUUCAAACAAAAGUUAUAAUAGAAGUCAAUGGAAUAAAGAUAAUGAAGAUCAAGAUGCAGCUCAACCAGCAAAUGUUCCACAUGCAGAUAAUAGACAAAAGUAUAACGAUAGAAAAUUUGAAACAAAAAAGGAUACAGGAAACAGAUGGAGAGAUACACAAGAUGGACAAUUUUAUAAGGAAAAUAGAAAAGAUUAUGAAAGAAAUCAAAAUUCUAGGAGACCUCAAAAUGAUCGCUACAACAAUUAUAAUAGGAAUUAUUCUGAUAAGCCUCGUGAUUAUGCUGGUAAACCACAUGAUUAUUCAGAUAAACUUAAUCACUUUGAGAAAAAUGAAUUAGAUAAUGUUUAUUCCAAAAUAAAUGCUAAUAGUGAUGUAGAAAGAAACUUAAGUGGAAUCUCGAAUGGUAGUCACAGCAACAAAAAGUCCUAUUCUGCAAUUGAAGCUGGUAAUACAUCAUCCAUAAGUAAUCUAUCUGCUAGAAAUUCCAAACCAUGCCCUAACAAUGGUAGAAGCGACAAAUACUACGAUAGAAAAGAACGCUACAAUCCUAGAGAUCCUAGAGACAGAAGGAGUAACUAUCCAGAGCAUAAUGGAUAUAAUAGAAACAACUACAACAGAGAUAAUAAAUAUGAAAAAAGAACCUUUAGAGAAAAUACAGAUAAGGAGAUAACUGAUUGGCGUGUUAGAAAUGGCAAAUCAUUAGACAAACCUGUAGUAAAACGCCUGCAUUACAAGAAGUAUGAGCCAGAUGAUGCUGCAAGUCAAAGAGAAAGAUUAACAGAGCUUUUGAAUCGUGGUCAACUUGAAUGUUUGGUAUGCUGUGAAUACAUAAGACAACAAGACUAUGUAUGGUCAUGUAAAAAUUGUUUUCAUGUAAUACAUUUAAAAUGUGUUCAAAUGUGGGCUACCUCAUCUCAUGAUGAUAGUGGUUGGCGUUGCCCUGCUUGUCAAAACGUCACUACCAGCAUACCAAUAGAAUACCUUUGUUUUUGCGGCAAAACAACGGCCCCGAUAUGGAAUCGACAAGAUAUCGCACACUCAUGUGGUGAGAUUUGCGGUAGAUCACGCACCGACAUCAAGUGCAUCCAUAAGUGCACGUUACUCUGUCAUCCUGGUUGUUGUCCACCUUGUGAUGCCAUGGUCACCAAAUCUUGUGGCUGUGGUAGAAUGCAGCAAACUCAAAAAUGCAGUACUGAUACUCUUAUUGUAUGCAAAGAUAUUUGUGGUCGAGUACUUAAUUGCAACGUGCACAAAUGCGAAAAGCCAUGUCAUCAUGGUAGUUGUGAGCCCUGUAAUCAAAUUGUCAAGCAAGAAUGUUUCUGUGGAAAACAUACUCGAGAACAAACUUGUAUUUUAGAUUUACCGCCAAUGUACUCCUGUGAAAAUAAAUGUGAAAAAAUGUUGGAUUGCGGCAAUCAUAAAUGUCAGGACAUUUGCCAUGCAGGUGAAUGUGUACCGUGUUUAUUAAAACCUGAAAUUGUCAGAUAUUGCUGUUGUGGACAAACGCUCUUAACUGUCAAGAGAGAAAAUUGCUUAGAUCCGAUUCCAACUUGCGAUAAAAUUUGUUCCAAACGUCUAAAAUGUGGACAACCGAGCAAUCCUCAUACCUGCCAUGCUAACUGCCACGAAGGUGACUGUCCAGAAUGUGAUCUGUUUACGAAAGUUAGAUGUCGUUGUGGUCACAUGGACAAAGAAAUCCCUUGUAAAGAACUUACCACUAAAGCAGACGAUGCUCGCUGUGAAAAGAAAUGUACAAAGAAGCGCUCUUGUGGCAAGCACAAGUGUAACCAAAAGUGUUGCAUUGAUAUUGAACAUAUAUGCAAGUAUCAAUGUGUGAAGAUUUUAAGUUGCGGUAAACAUAGGUGUGAAGAAACCUGCCAUAAAGGAAGAUGCCAACCGUGUUGGCGUAGCAGCUUCGAAGAGUUGUACUGCGAAUGCGGUGCAAAAUGUAUUGAUCCUCCGGUGCCAUGCGGCACUCGUCGUCCCGCAUGCGAUCAACCUUGUAGUCGCGAGCACUCUUGUGAUCACCCAGUACUGCACCAUUGCCACAGCGAUCCCGAAUGCCCUCCUUGCAGUAUUCUAUCGGAGAAGUGGUGCUAUGGCAAACACGAGUUGCGUAAAUCUGUGCCCUGCUAUUUGAACGAGAUUUCCUGUGGAUUGCCUUGCAACAAACUAAUCUCCUGUGGUAGACAUAAAUGCAUUCAGAUGUGUCACUCAGGACCUUGCGAGAAACCUGGUCAGAUCUGCGUGCAGCCGUGUACUAUGCCAAGAGAACUCUGUGGGCACUCAUGUGCUGCUCCUUGCCACGAAGGCAAGUGUCCUGAUGUGCCUUGCAAGGAAAUGGUCAAAGUCACGUGCCAGUGCGGUCACAGGACCAUGUCUCGCGUGUGCGCCGAAAAUGCACGAGAUUAUCAGAGAAUAGCUAGUGGAAUUUUAGCAAGUAAAAUGACCGAGGUACAGUUGGGACACUCAAUUAAUCUUGAAGAAGUUUUUGGUCAAGGAAUCAAGAAACAAAACCAACUGAAGACUCUAGAGUGCAAUGAGGAAUGUAAAAUAUUGGAGAGAAAUCGCCGAUUAACGCUUGGUUUGCAGAUCGUUAAUCCCGAUUUGAGUGGUAAAUUAAUGCCGAAGUAUAACAAUCACAUGAAACAUUGGGGCAAGAAAGAUCCCGCCUUCUGCCAAAUGGUUCACGACAAACUCACGGAACUUGUGCAAAAGGCUAAAGUUUCCAAACAGAAAAGUCGAAGUUUAUCGUUUGAAAUUAUGACCAGAGACAAAAGACAGUUUGUUCACGAGUCGUGCGAGCAUUUCGGUUGUGAAGCCCAGGCGUACGAUGAUGAACCCAAGCGUAAUAUUGUGGCUACUGCUGUAAAAGAUAAGUGCUGGUUACCAAGUUAUAGUUUAUUAGAAUUAUUGCAGAGAGAAAGUGGGCAACGAAAAGUUCCAGGACCAAUGCUCAAUAGCACUGACAGGAACAAAGAAGUUACGCAACUCAACUCUAAAAAAAGUCUAAAAUCAUUGCCUACAACUUCGGCCUCGCCACCGAAAUCUCCGGAAUCAGACAUAGAUUAUUUUAAUUACAAGGGAUAAAUUACCUGUAUGUGUUUCAUAUAUCGUCUCAUAUAAUUUAAUACAAUUUAUAGGCAUCGAAUGAAUAUGUCAACAGAGUACUAUGAACAAAUUCGCUCGAUUUGUACUAGUAGCAGUUAUAUUGACAUUUUUAUUAACAAAUUAUCAUUGUUAGUGUAUGUUGAAUUGGCUUUAUACGACUAAACAAAGCACACACUUAGGUAAAUAUUGAAUUUCUGCAUUGAUUAUUGUUUAUACUAAACUUAAAGUACUAAUUGUGUUAACGAGAUUUGGAGCUUCAUAUUCUUUCCUGGAGCAUAAUAUUUUUUAAAAAAAUUAUGAAAAGCUCAAUACGAAAUUUAAAACCACUAACUUAGAGUGCCGUAAAAUAAUGUUUAUAAAAUGUGUCUUGAGCCAUUUAAAAAAUGUUACUUUCAAUUUAUAAAAUUUAAUCUAACCAUUUAUUUACUAUUUCAUUUGAUAUUUGAUUGCAAAUAUUCUAAAAAAACAGCAAGGUUUAUUUUUCUUUAUUAUUUUCGUCAUAGAUUAGUCAAUAAUUUACACUUAACUUAUCAUAUUUGAAAUUAAGAAAUCUAUUAAACAUUCAGGAGAAAUUUAAUUGAAAGAUAACAUUCUAAUUGUAAAUGAAGUUUGUGUUAGUGUGAAAUGAACUGUUGACUAUUACAUUCAUUUCCAAGCAUCUAUCUUUAAUUUAGAGAAAAAUUUGUAUUCAAGUGAUUGAACGUCAAAGUUAAAUAAAAGGCAUUUCAAAUAAUUUUA